UUUUUUUUUUAGUCCUUCUUAGCCUGGAAGCUCCGCUGAACCCUGUUCAGCAUCGUAGCAACAUGUAAGCCUUCACUGACGGAUGGGGGUGCGUGUGAGCUGCAUUGGCCGGCAACAGGGGGCUAAAUGGGCCACAGGGGGAACUGAGGUACGGAUUUCCCAUUUGAGAAAAUCAAGAAUAGAAGGAGGUGUGGCUAUCUGGUCGGGUUCACUGAGCACCACUAGGUAUGCUCACGACUCUCCUGACCGUCCCCAGUGAGCACUGCACAGAAGUUCUGCUCAGUCUCUGCUGCGGUUUUGAAUUGGCUCCCUUGUCUUUAGUCAGCAGAGCUGAGGGAGGCCUACACAGAUCUCUGGAAUUUCCCCAGAGCUUUCUGGUGUCUCUUGAGAGAUCCUGGGCCUACCUUCAGAGGGGUAAUUCUUGGCAAAAUCCCAGGCCCAGCAGCUGCGAGAAAGGCUGUGGGGCAAGGAGAAGGCACCUGGGAAGAGAUGGUGUCUGACACUGAGCCUUCCUCCGCUACAGCUGAACGGGCUUCAGUAAGGAGUUCAGGGGCUCCCAACCUGCAUGGGGGCAGGAGGAAGGCUGGUCUCUGCCCAUCCGCAUAUGGUCAAGCUGUGAGGCCGCUGGAGCUGAAGUAAGAGCAGGAUGACUCAGCUCCUCAGGGAAGAGUCAGAGCUCAAAUUUUCUAUACAGAAAUGUAACUUGAUGGUACAGGCAAAACAAACAAAAUAAACCCAAACCAGUCAUCAUUAAGUUGAUUCUGACUCAUGGCGAUCCCAUGUGUGUCAGAGGAGAACUGCUCCAUAAGAUUUUCAAGGCUGUGACCUUUGGGAAAGAGAUCACUGGGCCUUUCUUCUGAGGUGCCUCUGGGUAGAUUUGAAUUGCCAACCUUUCAGUUAGUAGCCAAGUACUUAACCAUUUGCACCACCCAGGGAGAGUAUUGGAAACCCUGGUGGCAUAGUGGUUAAGUGCUACAGCUGCUAACCAGAAGGUCUGUAGUUCGAAUCUACCAGGUGCUCCUUGGAAACUCUAUGGGGCAGUUCUACUCUGUCCUAUAGGGUCACUAUGAGUUGGAAUCAACUCGAUGGCAACAGAUUUUACAGGUAGGGGAAGUAUUUACCAAAAUGAUAAUAAUAAAACAUAAAUAAAGUAACAAAGAAUCCUAGACUUUUCAGGUAGAGUGGAACCCUGGAGAUCAUUUCUUCAUUGUUUUCUCAAUCUUGUGCCUUAAUAGACUAGUCAUGUAAGUCACCUCAGGGAAGAAGGACUGAAGUCAACUAACCUACACCCCCAGCCCCCUCUGGGAAAGCCUCUGUGCACAUGAGGCUAUUAAAGCUCUGGGAAGUCCCAGAGUCAAGAAAAUCUGCCUGACUUUGUUUAACCGGAACCCUGGUGGCGCAAUGGCUAAGAGCUCGGCUGCUAACUAAAGGUCAGCAGUUUGAAUAGGAAUCUACCAGCCACUCCCUGGGAACUCUCUGGGGCAGUUCCACUCAGUCUAUAGCGUCACUGUGAGUUGGAAUCAACUCAAGGGCAAUGGGUUUUGUUUAACCAGCUUUUCUCAAAGGUAGUAUUUGGCCACAGAAGCCCUGCCCCUUUUUAGAGUUACACCCAGCAGUGGCCUCCAGAUCAUGCUUUGGGAAGCACUGCUUUAGUUUGAGUUUUUUAUUUUAGAUGCAUCAACUGAGGCUCAAACCGGGAAGUUACUUACCAAGGCCACACAGGCCGCUGCUAGCACUGACCUGUACUGUUCCUGUUUAACUUGUGGAGCAAAUUUGUUGAGGGUGUGGAGCUGUCAUCCUGCCAGGAUCUGAGCAGCAGUAGAUGAGGUUAACCAGGCAUGGGAAUGAGCACAGGGGAGGCUGGACUGAAAUUUGGGGCCAAACCAGGGCUCCAGGCAUUUGUGGUAACCAGGCUCUGAAAACCAAGAUGUUCAUGCCAAAUGGGUGUUGUGAGGUGUGGGACCCCUUUGCCGUAAACAAUUUGGCCUUUGGUCCUGGUUCCUGAGAACCUAACCAGACCUGAGGUGGUACCCGCUGACCUAGUGGGGAUGAGAGAGAAGGGGCUGUGUGGGUAGCUGGAGUCUGGAUUGACCAGGGAAGGUAGGCUGAGAUUCCCAUAGAAUGCCGCUGGCGUGUGGACUGGGGUUUGUUGUCCACCACACAAUUUGGUGUCAAAGGUGGGUGAUCUCAGCCUCUCUGGACUUGUUUGACACUGAUUUACAGGAGUCAACAGCUGGUUCCUAGUCAAGGAGGACAAGCUCCAGGAACCAGGAGGGCACUGACCAGGAGGCUCCUGGGAUGACCUGAGAAUACCAGUCACUCUCACCAUGAACUAAGAUGCUACAUCGUUUCCCACACUGCGUUCUGAGAAGCCCUGCUUUCAUGAGAUGUUAAUAAGCGUUGAGCAAGGAAUGCAUAUUCUGGCAAAUCAGCUGAAGAAGUGCAGAAUUAAAGCGAAAUGAACAGAGCAAGGAGAUUGGCCUGCAGAUGCAUGAGGAGCUCCUGAAGGUCACCAACGAGCUCUACACGGUCAUGAAAACCUACCACAUGUACCAUGCGGAGAGCAUCAGUGCGGAAAGCAAGCUGAAGGAGGCUGAGAAGCAGGAGGAGAAGCAGUUCAACAAGUCGGGAGACCUCAGCAUGAACCUGCUCCGGCAUGAGGACCGGCCACAGCGCCGCAGCUCUGUGAAGAAGAUUGAGAAGAUGAAGGAGAAGAGGCAGGCAAAGUACUCUGAGAACAAGCUGAAAUGCACAAAGGCCCGGAAUGACUACUUGCUGAAUCUGGCAGCCACCAACGCAGCUAUAAGCAAAUACUACAUCCACGACGUUUCUGAUCUAAUCGAUUGCUGUGACUUGGGCUUUCAUGCCAGCCUGGCCCGUACCUUUCGGACCUACCUCUCAGCCGAAUACAACCUGGAGACCUCACGCCACGAGGGACUGGAUGUCAUUGAGAAUGCUGUGGACAACCUCGACUCCAGAAGUGACAAGCACACAGUCAUGGACAUGUGCAACCAGGUCUUCUGCCCACCACUCAAGUUCGAGUUCCAGCCCCACAUGGGGGAUGAGGUGUGCCAGGUCAGCGCUCAGCAGCCCGUCCAGACGGAAUUGCUCAUGCGAUACCACCAGCUGCAGUCCAGACUGGCCACUCUCAAAAUAGAGAAUGAGGAGGUUAGAAAAACCCUGGAUGCUACUAUGCAGACCCUACAGGAUAUGCUCACAGUGGAGGAUUUUGAUGUCUCUGAUGCCUUCCAACACAGUCGAUCUACAGAGUCCGUAAAGUCUGCUGCCUCUGAGACCUACAUGAGCAAGAUCAACAUUGCCAAAAGGAGAGCCAACCAACAAGAGACAGAGAUGUUUUAUUUUACAAAGUUUAAAGAAUAUGUGAACGGCAGUAACCUCAUCACCAAGCUGCAGGCCAAGCAUGACCUACUCAAGCAGACCCUGGGAGAAGGGGAAAGAGCAGAAUGUGGCACCACCAGGCCCCCCUGCCUUCCCCCUAAACCACAGAAAAUGAGGAGACCUAGGCCUCUCUCAGUGUAUAGCCAUAAACUCUUUAACGGCAGUAUGGAAGCGUUCAUUAAGGACUCAGGACAAGCUAUACCACUUGUAGUUGAGAGCUGUAUUCGAUACAUCAAUUUAUACGGACUCCAGCAGCAGGGGAUCUUCAGAGUGCCAGGAUCUCAGGUGGAAGUCAAUGACAUCAAAAAUUCCUUUGAGAGAGGUGAAGACCCGCUUGUGGAUGAUCAAAAUGAACGAGAUAUCAAUUCAGUUGCUGGUGUUUUAAAACUGUAUUUCCGAGGACUGGAAAACCCGCUCUUUCCUAAGGAAAGGUUUCAAGAUUUGAUAUCUACUAUUAAACUGGAGACCCCAGCUGAGAGGGUGCACCAGAUCCAACAAAUCCUCGUCACCCUGCCCCGUGUGGUCAUCGUGGUCAUGAGAUACCUCUUCGCUUUCCUCAACCACCUCUCCCAGUAUAGCGACGAGAACAUGAUGGAUCCCUACAACCUGGCCAUCUGCUUCGGGCCCACCCUCAUGCACAUCCCUGAUGGGCAGGACCCUGUGUCCUGCCAGGCACACGUCAAUGAAGUCAUCAAAACCAUCAUCAUCCAUCAUGAAGCCAUCUUCCCCAGCCCCCGGGAGCUAGAGGGGCCUGUGUAUGAAAAAUGCAUGGCUGGAGGGGAAGAAUAUUGUGACAGCCCACACAGCGAGCCAGGGACCAUUGAUGAAGUUGACCAUGACAAUGGCACUGAGCCUCAUACCAGCGAUGAAGAAGUGGAGCAGAUUGAGGCCAUCGCCAAGUUUGACUAUGUGGGGCGGUCCCCCCGUGAGCUGUCCUUCAAGAAGGGGGCCUCACUGCUACUGUACCACCGCGCCUCAGAGGACUGGUGGGAGGGCCGCCACAACGGCGUGGACGGACUCAUCCCACAUCAGUACAUAGUCGUACAGGACAUGGACGAUGCCUUCUCGGACAGCCUGAGCCAAAAGGCUGACAGCGAGGCCAGCAGUGGGCCACUGCUGGAUGACAAGGCCUCCUCCAAAAACGACCUCCAGUCCCCCACGGAGCACAUCUCGGACUACGGCUUUGGGGGGGUGAUGGGCCGAGUGCGGUUGCGAUCUGACGGAGCUGCCAUCCCCAGGCGCCGAAGUGGGGGCGACACACACAGCCCGCCCCGCGGCCUGGGCCCCAGCAUAGACACGCCACCCCGGGCCGCCGCCUGCCCCAGCAGUCCCCACAAAGUCCCCCUCACCAGGGGGAGGAUCGAGAGCCCCGAGAAGCGGCGGAUGGCGACGUUUGGGAGCGCCGGCAGCAUCAACUAUCCCGACAAGAAGGCGCUCUCAGAGGGGCACUCGAUGAGGUCGACGUGCGGCUCCACCAGGCACAGCAGCCUGGGGGACCACAAGUCCCUGGAGGCUGAGGCCCUGGCAGAAGACAUCGAGAAGACCAUGAGCACGGCCCUGCAUGAGUUGCGGGAACUCGAGAGGCAGAACACGGCCAAGCAGGCGCCAGAUGUGGUGCUAGACACCCUGGAGCCUCUGAAGAACCCGCCGGGCCCCAUCAGCUCGGAGCCCGCCAGUCCUCUGCACACCAUCGUCAUUCGCGACCCAGAUGCUGCCAUGCGCCGAAGCAGCAGCUCCUCCACCGAGAUGAUGACCACCUUCAAGCCAGCCUUGUCCGCCCGCCUUGCAGGCGCCCAGCUGCGUCCGCCCCCCAUGCGGCCAGUGCGGCCGGUGGUCCAGCACCGGUCCAGUAGCAGCAGCAGCUCGGGCAUGGGCAGCCCAGCUGUGACGCCCACUGAGAAGAUGUUCCCCAACAGCUCAGCGGACAAGUCAGGCACCAUGUGACCUACAGGAGGGGCGGCACCGCUGUGGCCCACUGUGGCGCACCAUGGCCUAGGGUGGCCUCUGGUGGCCUCCACUUCCUCCCCAGUGCCCUGGCCUAAUGGGAAAGACCAGAAGGCCAACCUGGGAGGCUGUGUCUGUGCAGAGCUGAGGCCAAGGGCAUUCGCCGCAGCUCGUGUUCAGCCAUGUGGAUCCAACGGACCCCUCGUGUGUAAACAGACACCCCAAGGAGGGCAGGAGCAAGAGCAGCCCCAAAUAGAGUGUUUCCUCAGAUUGUGGCAAAUGUUAACUGGAGUCUCCCACAUAGUGUCACUGGAAAAUUAUUCUCUCUACGUACAUACAUAUGCACAUAUAUAUGUGUAUGCAUAUAUGCAUACACACAUAUAUGUAUGUAUGUGUCUGUAGGUGUGUGUAUAUAUAUAUAUUUAUGCAUCUGUAUACAUAUACUAGAUCUGGACACACAUGCUAAAUGUAUAUAGUAUCUCCUUUUUCUUUUUAUGAAACUUAGAUUUACCUCAGACUCAUGCCACCAAACAUCUCCCGCUGAGUGAUUUGGUGGGACUUGCAGGGACUUUUCUGGGAGAAUCUAGAGGCCCACAGUAACUGCGAAUGAAGCAAUACACCACUCACCUGCAGAAACAGAACAAAAACACUCUCCCACUGUUUUCAGAGUUGUGGCCUUCCAGAACAGUCUGCCCCUGAAGGAAGGGUGGGGCAGGCGGUACCCCAAGCAGGCUGCUCCUAGAGGCGGGGAACCCUUCAUGGAAAACCCCCUUCUGCCCCACAGACCCUGCCCUUCCACCCGGAGGCCAAAGGCCAACUGUACCCCCCAAAGCACGGGAGGAAGUUGGCGAGAAGAACCCCAGACCAUGGACCCCUUGUGUUUGUACGUAGAAGAAGAGGGCAAUGAGAACCUAAGCCCCAUCAUAGCACAGUGUUAUGUGUGGUUGGAAAAAUAAUAACGAUACAGUGGUGUGGAAAACUUCGAAACCUAGAAAUGCUGUAGGAAUAAACCCUGUGGCAACCAUAGAGCUUUAACUUCUACCGUUUUCAAAAUAUUUGAUUUCUUCUUUUCCUCUUUCUACUAAUUAUACUGUGUCAGAUUUGGAACUAAACAGGCGAGGAGGCUUUGAGUCCAUCUAAUUUCCUGUCAGGCCUUGAAGACUUUGGCUGGUGCCCUGUUGCAUGAAGCGCUUGAGCCUAAAGCGCCCAGCUCAGACCAGGGGCUGAAGAGGGGGGAUCCGACACACUUUCUGAAUAGAGACCACCAUCGCAGUUGAGUUUAUGCAAGUGAAAUACCCUCCCUCACUCCCUCCCCUCCCCCCAUCAAACCCUCCAGAGCAUUUAAUGUAGAUGAAUAUGGUGAUGAGACAGGUGGGUGAUCUUCAGAAAUAAUGAGCAAGGCUUCUGCCUCCUGGCAGGGAAAGGGCCUUCUGGUCCGUUCUGAUUUGAAUGUGUUUUACUUCCUCUUUUGAUCUCUUGACUUUUGUUUUCUAGAGGUAGCCUGUUUCUGGAUAAUGGAAUGCAGGUGCCUCCUGUUCUAACGGGACGUUUUGACUUACUGCCUCACGGCCAAGCCAAGGGUCUCCUUCCCACUGUACUCAAGCUGCAUCUCUUUUUCCUCUCUCAAGGCCUCUGCAUGUAUCUCCAUGGCUGUGGUUUGGAGUCAAAAUCUUGUAUUAGUCCCAGCCCUGCCACUCAGGAACUGGGUGACUUGGAGCAUGGCACUCCACCUCACUGAGCCUCAGUUUCCUGCUCCAUAAAAUGAGAAUAAUAAAGAUAAAAUGGUGAUGUAAGUGAAUGAGCUUUGAAAAUUGGAAAGCAUUGUACAAACACCUUUGCUCUUGUUAUUAUCAUUAGCAAGGUUAGUCUUUUAGCUCACAAACACACCUUUUGAAACUUCCUAAUGGUAUUUGAGAAGUGGGUGGUGGAAUUUCCCUACCAGCUUAGUAAGAGCCCUGAAGCAGAGCCCUACAGAUAGAGUGACCUCACUGAAGCUUGAAAUCCCCUCAUUAGCGUUGCAACUCACUGGAUUCAGCUUUGUCCUCUCCUCUGGUUCUCUUUAAAAAGGCAGAUACACCCCAGAAGGUGGGGCCUUUAAGAGACUGGUACCUGGGUGUAUAGGAAUUGCAGUCAUUCUGCCAUGCCUGAAAGCGCCAGCAUCGAGACCACAUGGUGAAGGCAACAAUUGAGAAAGGGCACAAAAAGAAUGGCAGGGGGAGGCCAAUGACAAACUUGACCUUCCUCGUUUCACCUAGAAUGAACCCCUCUCUUAUAGCUCCUGGAGAUGAAAGGGCCUUCAGCUGGGAGCCCUUUGAGCAAAAAGAUAUUAGUCCAUUUUACAGCUUAAGAAAGCAAGGCUUUGGGAUGUGCGGUGACUUGCCCGAGAUCUCAUGGAUAGCCUAGGGUGGACUGUCUCAGGCUAGUGAAGUCAUUUAUUUGCAAGGAUGCUAUGCUGUCCAUCCAGAACACAAAACUUCUCGUUUCUACUCCAGAGAUACUGUCUGACCUUAAAUCUAGUAAUCUCCCACGUCAUGUCGUGUUCUCUGCCCUGACUACCAAACAAAAAGUGAAAAUUUGAGUUGACUAAUCUGUUGCCUGAUACAUGUAACACCAGUCUCUGAAUGGACUAACUUUAUUAUCCCUUACUAGGAAUGAACCUGCCUUCCACCGACUCACACCACCAUGGCAGAGCCUUAGCUGAUUUCUCUAAUCACCCACUUUUCCAUUGGGAAGUGGUUGAUGGCCUCACAUUUAGGAGAGCUCGCACAUUUAGGAGGUGGAGGACGUGUCCCCACUCACCCAGCCCCUGAUCUGAGCCCUGAUGCAGAGCCAAAUGGAACGCUACACCCCUGCUGCUCACCUUCUCACCCAGCGCUAUGCAUGUCUCCGUCGCCCUCCACGUGUGUUCAAUCCCAUCGGCGUUCCCGGGCAUUGGCAUCUCCUCCUGACUCCUGCCUGUGUUAGUCCACUAUAUAUUGGUGUAUUUGCUUCAAUGCUGGAAAGUGACUGUUAAAAUGUGAAACUGUAAUUUUUAAAAAGGUUACAAUUAAAUUAUAGCCAAUGCCACUCACCAAAUCUUUGCACCUAGUAGAUAGAUCAAUGUAAAAAUCAAUACCGAAACUUAACUGUACAGUGAGUAUGGGGGGAAAUGUAGUAACCUAGUUAGUAGUCCUCAAUAUAACCAAUUGUACAAGGGGAAGUGGUGUUUACCUACUUGUCCAUCGCCAUCGCUGAAAGCUGUACUGAUGAGUUAGUUGAUAACUUGCUUCACAGAGUGAUUUCUUUCCUUAAACUUUGACUUGCCCUGAGGUCAAGCCUUUCGUCUCUACGUGUAACCGAUGUUCAGUCUCUUUUAGGAAUGAACCAGCAAGAUGUUCAUUUAAAACUGACCAAAGACAGUUAAUUCCUGGUCCAGUUUCUUGGGCCUCAUGGCCCAGCUGCUGCUGAAGACCACCAGUGGCCAACGUUUCUGGGAUAAAAUUGAGAACAAGCCGUGCUUCCUACCCCACUCUCCUUCCCCCGUUCUUCCCCUUUCCUCUUAAAGAGCUGCUCUGAACUGUGGGAUUCUGUGAAUACUCUUGCCUUUCCUUGUUUUCAGUGCUAAUGAUUUCUCACCUCGAAGCGCCUUUUGAACCCUGAACAGAGCGCACAAUUGGAGGGAAUAGUGGGCUUGGGAAUUAGACUUGGAAGUCUUUUCUCUGAGGUCACCAGGCCAGAGGUCAGAAGACAAAUGGAUUCCCAAGGGAUGAAAGGUUCCUGUUCACUGAAGAAAUCAGAGUGGGAAGAGACACAGGGAAAUCGAGCCAUCUUUUGGCUACCGGCUGGAACCAGCAGUUCAGAGAUCUGCCUUAUAAACAUUUCAGAACUGGUUUGCGGUACACAAAGGGGAGCCGGUGUAGGGAAGGGCCUUUAUGUGGGCUUUCUUCUCUGUUGGAGUCCCUUGGAGUGCCUUGUUGGGUAUAUUUCUUUCUCAUUCAGGAGGCAUGGAUACGGAGGCCUGCCCAUGACCUGGUCGUGUUUUGGCACUCAGCGCACGUACACGGCUGACGGAAAACCAUCACAAGGACUAAUGGUUUUUCCUCUCAGUCUUUCUAGUCCUAACUUUUCACACAUCCAGAUACUUCCAACCUAGGGCAAAUGCCCCAUUCUCCUGAGGAACCCAGAAAGAAGAAUGGCUGGCUCACAACCAUGGUGGUGGGCUCUGUUGGACUUGGAGGGGACGAGGAGGAAAAGGCAGAAAGGGGUGAGCCGAGGUGUAGCUGAUUUUCUGCUAUGCAGAGCUAAUGCUGACGUUUCAUGUCAACUUCCCCGGUUCUCUGGGGGUCUCCUCUUUCCUGAGCAGCAAUGUAGAGAAUCCCCCACGUACCCAACGCUGCCCAGGGGAGCUGCAAGAAGGGACUUUGCUGUCAGGUCUGAGUCCUCCUGGCCUCUCUGGGGUUGAUCUGCCCGUGUCCCACUGUCCCAUCUUCUGGGACUGGCUAAAUGGCCGUCGCUGCCCCUCACCGACCCCUCCUUUCUGUGGGAACUGCCCCAGGCAAAUCACAAAGCUUCUGUUCCUUGAACCAGAACAACUAGAGUGCACUUUUCCUUCCUUGGCUGGGAGUAGACCCUGGCUAGAGUUCUGCUCUGGCUCUCUUGCCCAGCAGUGUGACUGUUUACAUGGUUUGGCAAUAGGUUUGAUUCUGAUUGCUUCAGAGUGGCUGGUCUAUUUCGUUCUGUUUGGUUUCUUUCUUCCCCAAAUUGUGUCAGGAAAAACAAAUUGAAACCACCCUAGGAAAUUGCUGGUUGCCUGUCCCCAAGUGAUGACAAGUGUUGCCCCCUCCUGGAUAUUGUUUCUCUACCUUACGACCAAACUCCUGUCCCAUAGAGUGUCUGACUGGUUCCUCUGUCGCGUAUUCUGAUGGUGCCUGCUGGUUUGACGUGGAGCUUUCCUGUGAAAUAAAACAGCUUAACUUUUCUCAGAUGUGCUCUGGUGGCUUUUUGAAGGGGCAAGUGCCAUGGGGGCGGAGGGACCUUAGGGGGGGUGUGUGGUGUGUUCCUGCCUUCCUGUCCUUUCUGUCUGUGUGUUUUCCCCAGCCUCUGCCUCUGCAAUGCCCUUUAGCUCAGAACCAGCAAUGUGAAGGCCAGGGCUAUGUAAGGGGCAGACUGCUUCAACUGUAGAGCUAAUGGUAGGAGGUAACUGCCUGGUGACUGCUGGGAAAGCAGGAACUGGAAAUGUCAAAGCCAUGGCAAAUGGGAGCAGGAGCUGUUGUCUUCUGAAAGGGUCUCCAGAAGUUUAAGACAAAUCACCAGGGGCCAUAGGGUAUUGACUUCCAGUGUGAAGGCAUAGGUAACAUUUCAGUAUUCAUGGUCCAUGCAUGCAUGAUACGGCCUCUUGGACUUUUUUUGUCUAUGUUUAUGUGCCUGUGUGAAUAGUUAAUGAUUAUUUGUGUCUGUCCCAGGCACUAAAUUAAGUCCCGUACGUGCUUUUUCUCAUCUAAUUCUCAAAACAGCCAUUGGAGGUAAGUACCGUUAUUAUGGGCAUUUGGUGGUUCAGUGGUAGAAUUCUCACCUCUCAUGCAGGAGACCCGGAUUCGAUUCCUGGCCAACGCAUCUCAGGCACAGCCACCACCCGUCUGACAGUGGAGGCUUGCAUGUUGCUAUGAUGCUGGACAGGUUUUAGCACACCUUCCAGACUAAAGUGAACAAAGAAGAAAGCCUCGGUUAUCUACUUCUGAAAAUCAACCAAUGAAAACCCUACGGAUCAUAACGUUCUGACCCCAACCAAUCAUGGGGAUGGUGCAGGACCGAACAGCAUUUUGUUGCCUUGUGCAUGGGGUCACCAUGAGUCAGGGGCCCAGUCAACAGCAGCUAACAACAGCCAAACCUUUAUUAUGCCCCAUUCUGCCAAUGAGACUGAGGCUCUGUGUGGUCAGGUGACUUGCCCAAGAUUGGGCUAGGAAGUGGGGGAGCCAGAAUUUGUACCAAGUCUGUCUGACUCCAAAGCCAUACCCUUUACAGUCUCUCCUCGUACAUGCACGCGUAAAGGUAAAGUGCUGCCUGCCUGUCCAGGGCCUGUUCUAUUUGAUAAACCCGCUGGUGGGUCAUUACAGAAGGGCCUCUUUGCAGAAGACAGCGGACUCUUUUCCCAGCCUCAGAGACCCAGUGAUUCUCACCAUAGCCAUUUCUACACUCAGUGAUGUCCUCUGGCUAAUCCCAGACUCCUGCUAUGAGACCUGCUGAGAGGCUAUGCUUAGCAUACAACCUGCCCUCGGUUUACCUGCUCAUAACGCCAGGGCUCACUUGAGCGUGUAUGAAAUACCCUUUAUGUGCCUGCCCCUGGUUAGCUGCUGGGGAAACAGAGGGAUCAGACCCAGUUCCUACCCUCAGUUGGCUUACAGACUGAUUACAAAAAAUAAUCGCUCCAGAAUUCUGAAAUCAACUUCAGUCAAUAUGACAACCAUUAUUAUAACAGUGUCUGUGACCUGGAGUCCCUGGGUGAUGCGGGGACUUAGUGUUGUCUCCAGACCACAGCUCAGCACUGUGUUACUCUAUGCUCAGACAUGCUGUUUGGCGUCCUGUAAUUGCCCAGUGGCGGUGGAAGCCCCCUGCCUACACCUCCUCAGCCUUAAUAAAUUAAAAGUCUUGGUCCUGGUUCUCACUGACCAGAAUUGAGCUACGUAUGCAUCCCUUAAGCUAACUGGCUUAACAACCCCUGGUUUUAAGAGUGGUGUCAACCCCACCCAAACUUUGUGUCAAGGAAGAAAAGUUCCCCAAAGGAGAUCCUGGGGACUGUCCUCAUUCUGCAGACUUAUGAUAAAUAAUAGAUGGAGGUUUUUUCAGUCACUAAGUUUUAGAGUGGUUAGUUAGGCAGCAAUAGCUAAACGAUACACUAGAAAAAUGCGUACGCAAAUAUGUUAACAUUUUGCACGUGACCAUGAACUUCAGGUUAACUUAACGAUAAUACAACUCAUAUUUAUUGAGUGCAUACUGUGUGUCAGACAUGGUGCAGAGCUCUUCACUGAGUGCUCACAACCCUCUGAGGUUGCUGAGGAAACUGAAGUUCAGAGUUUAAGUCCAGGACUCCACAACUGCUGAUCCCAUAUCCCAAACCUGUUGCUACUCUGCUAUCCUGCCUGCACAAUGAAACGUAGGAACUACCUCCUAGUUCAGCCUUUUCACAGCCGGGAUUCUGUGGUCCCAGAGCCUGGACGUAGGGAGGUGUCCUUGCCCUGACAACCACCCAAGUCUAUCCCAGCUUCUCCUGGGAACCUGUGAUAGCUCUAUCAGUCAUCAAUUCCGUUUAAAGCCUAAUAUUGAGGAGAGUAAGUAUUAUCGAUGCUCUGCAUUAGUGCCACACUUGUUAUUAUUCUUUGUGGUACAGUGGACUACUUAAUAUGGCCCUUCUAGCCAUGCACGGUCUUAUGACUCCCACACAAUGAUUGAGUGAGACUAUGUAAAUAAUGUGUGGCCCACCAAGGGGAUUGGAUGGCCUGCUAAAAAUGCAAAUAAGGUACAUGGAACCCCUGUGGGGUGGAACCGUGCAAAUAAGGUGCAUGGAACCCUAACAAGGGAAUUGGUCAAUUUUGCCAUCCUGCUAGGCUUAAAAGAGAGCCAAUUCCAGCACAGAGAGGAGACCUCACUACCACCAAGAAAGAAGAGCCCGGAGUGGAGCUUGUCCUUUGGACCUGGGGUCCCUGCACCAAGAACCUCCUAGACCCGGGAGAAAGCUGUAACACCAGAGACAGCACAAGAUGGCAAGAAGUGGUGGCAGAGAAACAGUGGGAGCAGAACCAGGAGACUGGCAUAAGACAGCACAGUAGGCUUCCUAGCCCGUGGAGUGAGGGG